GGCUGGGGAGAGUUGCUUCAGAAAUACAGUACUUACGACUUUUUAAAUUACAAUCCUGAAGAUAAACUGCUUCUUGCGAGGCGAGGAAAACAGACCCAGGGUGACUGGCUUGCCUCAACCUAAUCAUUUGCGGGUUUCCAAGAAUAACUGGACCUAACACAAAGUUGCCUACGCUUGUAUUCACGGCUGUCUCUCAACUAAUCUGAAAUUUGCCCAUGCAUAUAUUGUUCUUGUUAUUCGCUCAAAGGGAAUAACUCAAAAAAAGCAUUUGUCUUAGCUUUAAGGCAAGGCAAGCUGUAUACCCCCGUAAAAACUUUAAAAUGCAGCGUUAAUGAAAGAAAGAACUUAAAGAAAGAAAGAAAGAAAGAAAGAAAGAAAGAAAGAAAGAAUACCACAUUUUGAUUUGAAAAGUAGAUGCUAAAUGGAGACUAAGGCUAUGUACCUGAGCUCUUGUGAAGAGCGGGAAAAUGUAUCUUUUAACGAAGAAGGUUUUGAUGGCAUCAACAGUAGAAGCCUGUCCAAGCUGAAUCUCUGUGACGAAAGUCCUGCCAACAGGAGGAGAAAGACAGAUAACUGCUGUGCUCAUCUUAAUUCAUUAUCAUCAAUCAAGUACGCAAUAGUGCUUCUGUAUGUACUUGUGUUCCUCAGUAUUGUUGGUCUCUUCAUAGCAGUUUCAAGAUCUCAGAGGUCGACAGAGAGCUUGGAAACAUUAGCAGAAAAUGUAACACAGUUGAACGGCAACUUCAGAGACUUGCAACUCUCCUUGUCUCAGCUCUCUUUCAAGAGGGACGUUAUGGAGAACAUUUGGAAGCUGGAAAACCUUUACCAGAACCACUCGGACACAUUGCUGCUGCUAAGCCUUGCUGUCCAAAGGCUGGAUCACAGUGUCCAGGGCCUGCAGACACAGUCCGACGAGAUAACUACAUCCGUGACAGAGUUGGGAGACGUCUUUAAGGGACUGACUGACAGCAGCAAUAGAGACACCAGCCAACUCAGUGCUGAGUUGGACAGAACCAAGAUAUCUUUGCAUAAGCAAGACACAUUGCUGAAGGAGACUGCUGGUCUGGUGGGUGGACUGAAGGAUAAGUUGGACGAGGUGUUCGGAACCAUGAAUGCUGUGAAUAGGACAUUCACCCAGGACGUCGGUGUCCAUCACUUGAAAAUCCAGGACCUUCAGAUACAGAUCACCAAUAUCACUGAGGAUGCCAGAACAAUAAAAGUGACACAGAUUAGCAUGGAGGAGCAGCUGAGGAAUGAGGUAACCAUCAUUAAUUCCGUCAUGGAAGACCUGAGGCUGAAGGAUUGGGAGCAGUCUGUGGCGCUCAAGAAUCUGACAUUAAUGGAGGGGCCCCCAGGACCAAAGGGGGACAGAGGGAAUGGCGGACCCCCCGGGAUUGCUGGUAUGCCAGGUUUACCAGGAUUGAGAGGAAUGCCUGGAGAAAAUGGAUUGCCAGGUGGGCAAGGCCUGAAGGGAGACCCAGGGCAAGAUGGCCUGCCAGGUCUUGUUGGAACUAAAGGAUCUAAAGGUGAAAGAGGUGAAAAGGGAGAAAAGGGUGACAGAGGCGAGAAGGGAGACACAGGAGCAGAUGAAACCAUAGUUCGGCUGGUGAACGGAUCUUCACCCUCUGAGGGCCGAGUGGAGGUGCACUACGACAAGCGCUGGGGUACAGUGUGCGAUGACGGCUGGGACAAAAAGGAUGGGGACGUGGUUUGCAGGAUGCUGGGAUUCAAAGGAGCCAGGGAGGUUCAUAAAACCGCAAGAUUUGGACAAGGCUCUGGAUUCAUUUGGAUGGAUGACGUUGCCUGCACAGGGACAGAGGAAACAAUCCUUCAGUGCAGAUUUGCAGGCUGGGGAAAGACUAACUGUGGACAUGUGGAGGAUGCUGGCGUUACCUGCAACCCAUAGCAGGAGUUUUGUACAAGAGAGGAAAGAGGACGCAAACUCCAAAACAAAAAAUAUAUGGAUACAGCGAAUUAGGAAUCAACUUCAGCAAGACUAAUUGUUUUAUUAUUUUUAUAUAUCCAUAAACAUCCAAAAUGGUGACUUUGGAUGGUCCACAAACAAUGUUAUGCAUAUAUUCAUUUAACCAGGAAAAGAAUCCCAUUAAGUGUGAGCUCUUUUCAUACUAAGGGGUUCCUGGCAUGACAACACAAGCCAAAGUACUGGACACUGCAGCAAAAUCGAAACCAUCAAAAUAGGUAAUAGUAUUAUUGUGCAUAAAAACGAAUUCUGAUAAUAGGUUUAUAUCUAUUUAAUGUAGGUAGUAUAAUGUAAUCUAUUUGCUUCCACAAACAUGUACCACCCAGAUUAAACCAUGCAUUUACACUAACUAGUAAUGUGCAACAGCUGUUUUUCUUUCUCCUUUGAAUGAGAUUAAAUUAGCAUAUAUUAAAUAUGUUUUACCCCACACUGACCAAAAACAUCAUAUACAUUAAUUGUUCUGACUUGGGAGGAAUCAUAAUGAGGUCUAAUAUGCUGUACUUCACUCCAGAGACCUUAAAAGUAGAGUCAAAAUAACUUUUAUUUCUAUAUCAAAUAUCAGAUUAAUCUUUGCAGAGUAAUUGAUUUGUGUUUUUUAUAUUUCUGUGAGAGUUUUGUAUAUGUUAUUUUGACAAUGUGAGAAUAAUGCGGAUGCAUAAUGCAGAUGAUUUAAUUCACAUGUAACUUUUAUAUGUAAUUUUUUUA